CUUUCUCUCUCUCUCUCUCUCUCUCUCUCUCUCUCUCUCUCUCUCUCUCCUUCUCUCUCUUCUCUGUGUCUCUUGCUGUUUUCUUCAUACCCAGUUCAGAGUCAUCUCACUCUAACUCAGCUGACCAACUGAGGAAAUGGCGUCCAAGCAACCAAUCGGCUACAAGUGUCGCAUAGCAGGCGUGCUGCUCCUGCUGUUGGCCAGCAUCGCCGCCCUCGUUGCUGUCGCUGUCAUCCAGGACACCUGGGCGUUUAAAGAGUACGGCCUAGAGUACGGGAUAGUGAUAGACUCGGGUUCAUCUCGGUCCAGUGUGUACCUCUACGAGUGGCCCGGGGAGAAGCAGAAUGAAACAGGAGUAGUGACGCAGAUACUGAACUGCAGAGUCGAUGGUGACGGCAUCUCCGAGAUGAAAGUUGAUCCUCAGAAAGAUGAAAAGUCGUGGAAAGCAUUCCGAAAGUGCAUGGCCCAAAUCACCGCGGCCGUUCCUGCUGAAAAACACAAAAGCACGCCCCUGUUUCUCGGAGCCACAGCCGGGAUGAGACUGCUGCAUCAGCUGGAUGAGCAGAGAUCCAAUGAAAUCCUGGCUAGUCUCCGAACAUACCUGAGCUCCCUGCCCUUCGACUUCCACAACGCCUCCAUCAUCACGGGUCAAGAGGAAGGUCUUUAUGGGUGGAUCACCGUCAACUACCUCAUGGGAAACUUCCUUGAGAAAAACCUGUGGAACACCUAUGUGCAACCAGAGGGGGCGAAGACCGUCGGAUCCAUGGACCUCGGUGGAGCAUCGACCCAAAUCGCCUUCUCAGUCCAGGACGAUCUUGAAGGGCCGGACUACAUGCCCAUCAAACUGUACGGAUACCCUUACAAUGUCUACACUCAUAGUUUCCUCUGCUACGGCAAGAAUGAGGCUGAGAAGAGAGUUCUGGACAAAAUAGUACAGGAAUCACGAGACCCAGCAUACAUUCGGAACCCCUGCUACCCUGAAGGUUUCAACAUCACCGUUAAGGCCUCAUCCAUCUAUGAAACACAGUGCAUCGAGAAGCCAGCAAACUACAACCCAGACCAGGAUCUCUUCAUGGUGGGAGCCCCUAACUCAGACAAGUGCGGGAGCCUGGUGAAGUCAAUAUUUGAUUUCAAGACCUGUUCCUCAGCCAACUGUUCCUUCAACGGGGUUGAGCAGCCACCAGUCACCGGAGAGUUCAUGGCGUACGCUGGAUUCUACUACGUUAAGCGGGCUCUGCACCUGAAUGGCUCUGUAGAUUUCGAUGAGUUCAAGUCGUUGGUUAGGAAAUUCUGCCACACAAAUUGGACAGAGCUGAGAGAAGAAAAGAAGUGGAUCUCUGAAAGAUACCUGAAGUCUUACUGCCAAGGAGCUCACUACAUCUUCACUCUGCUGGCAGACGGUUACAAGUUUGACAAAGAGACGUGGAAAGGCAUCAGCUUUCAAAAAGAGGUGAAGGACACCAGCGUGGGUUGGAGUUUGGGCUACAUGCUGAGUAUGUCCAACAUGAUCCCAUCUGAAUCUAAACACAUCACACCUCUGACCAAUCCUGUCUUUGCCGGCCUCAUCUUUUUAUUUUCAGCUCUGACCAUCGUGAUGGUUGUCAUAGUUUUCAUCUUCCUCAUUCGCACUUGCUACUGAGAAUCGGAAGUUUCAAAGGAAAUGAUCUGCAAUUCAAAGCCUGGGGAUUGCUGUAAUCCCGUGGGUAACAGGAGAGUGUUACAGCUACUUAGUCUGGGAUGUUUACUAAAAAUUUAAAUGCGGUUCAUUUUGUACCUCAGGGAAAAGUAUUGGGACCUUUUUCGAGCUCCACUUAAGGGUCAUAUUGUUUUAAAGUUAAAAGACCGACACAAUGCUUGCUUGACUGACAACUGAGCAUGCGGAUAUGUCUGUGUGGUUGAUGGCGUUUCACUUUGUGUAAUUUCAAAAUUGCAUAAUGUUAAAGUGAGACUGGUAUGUGCAUUCAACUUAGUGUGCUCACACGCUCACAGUGAUCCCUCAGGCAAGAAAGCAUGUCAAACUCCCUCUGCUAACAAAUUCGUUGUGUUCCUGUAUCAUACAUGUAAUUGCAUUCAAUGCGUUCGCUUUACCUGUGAAACGGUAGCACUGCUGCAGCCUUACUGUUCUUAUUCUAACAGUCCUCCAUAUUUAUUGAAUGAAAUCCUCCCUAAUAAAUAAUGGAAUGAAGGAGAAAUUGCCCUUGUUUUCUUAUGGUCAUGCAAAUCAAAUAAAUUAAGUCAUAGCAUAUAAUAUACUCUAUUUCCAAAGAUUUAAAAGAUUUGAAUAC